AUGCUGCUAUGGUGCACCCUUUGGAGCUUGUUGGUCCGUGAAGUUGCAACGCGCCAUCCUGAUUUAUCUGCUCAACCACCAAGCUCAGAAGCCCAUUCUCCAUCCCGAACCCAGGGAGGCGAAGCUUCUGGUGAGGCUGGAGUGCGGGGCGAUGGCGGCGGUCCAGGCCGCGGUGCUGGUGCUGAGCUGAGCUGUGCACCACUGGUGGGUGAGGGAGUAAGAGGGGCUGGAGGCCGAGCUCGACGCUAUGGGAAGCGGCGGAGCAGCAGACGGCGGAUGGCUUGUAGGGUGCAGGAGGAGGAGGAAUUGGCGACGGGGAAUGCGGCGGAGUUGAAGGUUGUGGAGUCUGGGGAGAAGUUGCAGGGGAAGUACGGCAAAACUGAUUUCGAAGGAUACGAUUACAUCUCCGACUUGACGGUCGCGAGGAUUGUUCGUCAUCAUGGGAUAGCAACUAACAUGAUGCAGUUUGCAAUUGAAACGGCCAAGUCUAAUGGUGUGGAAGUUAUGUACGUUCAUGUGGAUAGAAACAACAAACCUGCACUGCAGCUUUUUGAGAAGAUGGGAUUUGAGAUGAUUGAAGAGGCAAGUGAAGGACUGGUGGAAGACAACACUUACCUCCUACGUUGCAGCUUGUAUAGAUGAGUACAGAUUUGGUGAUACAGGAAAGGAGUUCAGUUUACAAAGCAGAGAACCAGCACGGCAUAGGCCAGAGUUUAUUACUAGUUUUGACAGGAAUUUGAUCUGAUAAUAUGUGUAGACUUAGAUUUGGCAAUUCAGCACCAAUCUAUGCACGGACAUUUCUUGAGAGAGAAGCAUACCAAUACAAUGUAUCGAUCUAAUACAGUUUCAGAACAACAUAUUUUUGUACAUAAUGCUGCUCUUCAUUGCUUGCUACCAGUG